AACUCCUGUUAUUACCUGUUGUUCGCAAUAAUAGCACUGCUUUUUCUGUCCGACAAAACGACAAUUGCAUGAAAAAGACAUGUAUUGCUAAACAAAAACAUAAAUUUUAUAUAUAAAACAGCGACAAAAUAAAACAGCAAUUUUUCGUUAACUCAUCUAAUAAUACAUUUUGCUGCGAGAAAUGGCUGAGAGUUGUGGCGGUUCUGUGAUUAAGAUUAUUUUAUUCGUGUUUAACUUCAUCUGGGUCGUGUGCGGAGCGGCUCUUAUAUACCUGGGUAUUCGGGUUCUCCUCAAAUACACUCCCGAUGUGAACGAUAUCGUCAAACACACGCCAACCUAUUCGGCGAUCGUGUUGUUGGUCGCGGGCGGACUCAUUGUGGUCAUCGCCUUUUUGGGCUGUUGUGGUGCAAUCCGAGAGAGCUAUUGUAUGCUUAACACGUACGGCGCUCUCAUACUAUUAUGUCUGGCAGCGCAAGGCGUGGGCGCAUAUCUGGCCAUACGUUACAAUUAUGAUUUGGAAAAGCACGCAAACGAUGGCAUAUACGCGGCUCUGGAGGCAUACAAAUGGGAACUGCCGGACGACGAUCCCGCAAAUAAAGCCAUCAAUGAGUUCCAGAAACAGUUGCAAUGCUGUGGCGCUAAGGAUGUGACCGAUUGGGAUAAAAUCACUAAACACCCGGGUUUCUAUCCGGCGUCUUGUUGUAAGUCUGGGGAGGACAUUGUCGACACCCGAUGUUUGGAAAGGAAUACCUGGGACAAGGGAUGCACUAAAGCGCUCAUCGAUUACAUGAAGCUAUAUCUCGGAAGUUUAGGCUAUAUAGCGAUUGGUGUGGCUUUGAUAGAGUUAUUGAUAAUAGUAAUGGCCUGUUGUCUGUCGCGGGAUAUUAAGAACAAAUACGCCACGUAUUCCAGCCCUAAGGCCCGCUCUUAGAACAUUUACGGUUCGCUUUCAUUUGUUUGCGAUCUCUAACCUCCAC